ACGUCUCACUUUAUGCUAUUAAAAACAAAUCCCGUAUAUUUCCUGCCAAAAAGGGCACAGUGACUGGCCUGCCAAUAACAAGGAUGGCGGCCAAGGUUCACAGUUUAGCGCAAUAUUAUUGGCUGCCUGGGUGACGACAUCGUGGCGCCAAUACAAUCCUGCAAUGUUAUAAAGAAAGAAGCGCGCGUAAAGCGCCUUUCUUCUCCCUAAUGGAACAUCCAGUGCAAGAGUGGCAAGAUCAAGCCCAAAGCAUAUGGGCACAUCUUACCUCAUCUGAGAAAGAGAAGUUUUCUUCUAUUGCAGACCUUGAUGAGAUAUUUCAGGCUUGUUUAUCACAUCUCCAACAGGAUGAAGAGCAGCUUAUAGAGAGACUUUGCUGCAAUGUAACUGUGGCCAAAGACCCUAAUGCAGUACAGUUCUUCAAAGAAGAAGGGAACAAGAGGUUUGCUGAAAAGCAGUAUGCAACUGCAGCGGGUUUAUAUUCCAAGGCAAUCUCCCAUGCCAAAUCUGGUUCUGAAGCAUUGGCAGUAUGCUUUGCAAACAGAUCAGCAGCUCUGUUUUACCUUGGUCAGUAUUCAGUAUGCCUGGAGGAUAUUCAGCAUGCACAAGACCAUGGGUAUCCUGAGCGACUAAGGAACAAAAUUCUUCAGAGAAAGGCUGAAUGCUUUCAGAGACUGAGAAAGCCAUCCUCAUGUGACCCCAAAUUAGAAUGUGUUGAGACUGUUAAGCCUAAAAAAGAGCCUCAAACGUCUACUGAAAGACUAAAAGAAAUGGCGCUGGACAGGAAUCCUCACAUAACAAAUGCCUCCUGUGCUUUGCACCUUAACUUUGACACUCGCAAAGGACGCCAUUUAUUGGCAUCUCAGAACAUUGAGCAAGGGGAGGUCCUAAUCUGGGAAGAAGCCUUUGCUAGUGUCAUUAUUCCAGAGAGAAAACAAUGGAGAAAGGAAAUAAAAUGGGAUACCAGAAUUACAGCUUGUGAUCAUUACUGUCACUACUGCUUGAAUAGAGUCAUAGCUUCCCUGCCCUGUCAGUAUUGCAGUUUUGCCAGAUACUGUAGUCAGGAGUGUAUGGAUAAGGCCUGGAGAAGUUACCACUAUAUCGAGUGUUCAAUGGGUGACCUGUUACUUGCUCUGGGGAUGUUUUGCCACACAGCACUUAGGGCAGUUCUUGUAGCAGGCUGCAGGCUCUUUUCUCAGUCGUUAGAGCAGACUGGGUCUGCAGAUGCCACUGAUAAAACUAAAGUCUGCAAUAGCAAAAAUACCUAUCAUGAAAAGUAUUGCAGUUCCUACCAGUCUGUAGUCAAUCUACUCCCGCACACUGAAAAUCACCCGGCUGAGAGAAAGUUUCUCUGUGGACUCACUGCUGCAGCUUUGUACAAAAAACUGUGCUUGAUAAUGGCAAAGGAUUUGGUGAGUUCCACAUCACAGACAGAGAAAUCCUUGACAAAAGAGUCCGGUACUAUUGAAGACUGGUCCUCUGUGAGGCAAUUCCUUGGUCCAACAGUACUCCGUCAUAUGCUGCAGCUCUAUUGUAAUGCACAAGCAGUGACAGCGCUCCAAGAGAAUGAAGAUGAGAGCAGUUUGUCGCUUGUGAAGAGCAACAAGAGCAUUCGUCUUGCCACUGCAGUAUUUCCUGUGCUGAGCCUGCUAAAUCAUUCCUGUGACCCCAAUACCACUGUGUCAUUUACGGGAAGGUUCGUUACGGUCAGAGCUAAUAGGCCAAUUAGGAGAGACGAGGAAGUGACACACUGCUAUGGUCCCCACAAAUUAAGAAUGGAUGUGGCUGAGAGGCAACAGUUACUGAAGGAUCAAUAUUUUUUUGUGUGCCAGUGUAAAGCAUGUACGGAGGAGUUGAAAGGGAAAAAAACUCAUGGAUUUUUCUGUCCGCUGUGCAAAGCCCAGUUAGAGGGUGAGGAGGCAUUAUACUGUACUGGUGCAAGAUGUACUUAUACUGCGUCACAGACCCAGUUAACCUCAAGGCUGAAUCAGCUUGGGAACCAUAUUCAAAUAGCUAAGGUACAGCUGCAGGACAACAAGACAGAUAAUGCUAAAAUGACGUUGAUGUCCUGUUUAUCAGAAGCGGAGUGUUUUCUCUCCCAGGAUCACCUGCUGUUGGGGGAGAUCAUGGAUCAUCUGGCUCAGGCUGAAGCUUCUGAUGGCAAUUGGAAAGCAGCUGCAGGACAUCUUAGAAAGAGCAUCAGCAUAGUUAAAGUCCAUUAUGGCUCCUCCAGUAUGGAACUUGGACAUGAACUCUUUAAGCUGGCUCAGAUCCUAUUUAAUGGGUUUGAGGUGCCUGAUGCAAUGAGAACUAUCAUGGAGGCUCAGAAAGUUCUGUCGAUGCACUAUGGACCUGAUCACAAUCUAGUGCAAGAGUUGAAAACUAUGGAGGAAUGUCUGUUACAGUUCCAUGGUUAUCCUAGAAAGUAACUAACGUUCCCUUCUCAAACCAAGAGGAAUGAUAUGGAAGAACGUAAGAGGAGGACCUGUUACUGUAAAUCAGAGUUUAUAGUAGAUGCCAUAAUAUUAUUUGCUUAACUAGUUUCUGUUUAUAAGUUAUCCUCCAGCCUUUUGCAUCUGUUGCAUUAGUGCUCGGGAACUCCCAUAACAGUCACAGAGUAAUGUAUCUGUGUUCCAACUGCUGGGGGACUAAGUCUAACUAAUUAGAAGCUUGCUCAUUGCACUUUAUUUAUGAUAUGCAUGUCCCUGUUCUGUCAUUAUUUUAAUAAAUAUCACAGAUGUGAAA